AGCCACUUUAUUUCCGCCCCGGGUCCGGUGCCGUCCUGAACAUCUCUGCGAGGAGCUUUAAAUGGACUCUACAGCGAGGCUGAGCUGACUGACAGCCGCUCCGUCUGCUCCCCGCCCGCCGCUCCUCGCCGACCGAACCGAAGCAGAGGAUGGAUGGAAACUUUUCACCGGCUGCCGUCUCGUCGAUCGUCCUGCUCGCCGUUGCGUUGUCGACCUCUGCAGCUUUCCUGGAGCCUUACGACCUUCUGUACGACAACGCGGUGCAGGCGUUUUACAACAGCGACUAUAAUGAUGUGGUGCGCUACAUGGAGGGAGCGCUCAGCAGCCACGCAGAAGCCCGCCGAACCAGAGUCCGGUGCCGGCUGAGGUGCCAGGACCAGCAUCCGUUCGAUGAGACCUUCUCGGACCUGCGCUUCUCGGACGUGGUCCUCCGGAGAGCGGCGUGCAUGAACAGAUGCAUCGAGGAGAAACUUGGCUCGCAGUCUCUGCAUAAAGUCAGCGAGGAUGUAGUGCAGGACUUCAACCGGAGGAUCCCCUACAACUAUCUUCAGCUUGCUUAUCAGAAGCUGAAGCAGCCCGACAAGGCAGCGGCAGCAGCUCACACAUACUUCCAGGCCAACCCAGAACAUGUGGAGAUGGGUCAGAACCUGGAGCAGUACAAAGACCUGGAGGGCGUUAAGGAGGACCACUUUGUGGACCGAGAAGCCCGGCCUCACCAGCGCUCCUUCACCGCAGCCGUGAGGUUGUACGAGAAAAGCGACUACGAGGGGGCCAUCGCUCAUUUUGAGGAGGCUCUGGUGGAGUACUUCAAGGCGGACGUGGCGUGUCGGGCGCUGUGUCAAUGGCCGCAGAGGUUUGAGGGCUACGACUACCUCCGCUACCGUUACAGCCUCCAUGAAGUCAUAUCAGAUCACUUCACUCAGGUGCUGCACUGUGAACACGAGUGCGUUCGAGACCUCGCCACCCGGCCGGGCCGCCUCUCGCCCAUGGAGAACUACCUGCCUCUGCACUACGACUACCUGCAGUUUGCCUACUUCCAGGUGGACAGGCUGGAGGAGGCACUUCAGUGUGCCCUGACCUAUCUGUUAUUCCACGAGGGAGAUGAGUUCAUCAUGGACAACGUGGAUUACUACAGAGAGGAGCUGGGCCACGAUGGCGGGCCAAGAGAGGAGGCUGCAUGGUACCUGCGGAGGCACAAACAGGAACUGGAGCUCCUUCUGAUUGGCAGUAAAACCAUGGGUGUGGAAUUCAUAGAAGGGAACUACUGGAGCAGCACAGGUGGAAGAGAUGACUCAAACAGGAUUCCCUCCGGUACAGACGGCUGGAUGGAGUACGUUCCCAUCUCAGAGAAGAAGAACGUGUCUAUUGCUGCUCCACAGCAGCUCAGAGAAGGUGGCCCCUUGGUGUAUGACAGCGUGCGGCUGGUGCAGAACUCUGCAGCCCUGAACGGGAGCCAGCGGGUGCUGCUGGAUCAUGUUAUAUCUGAGGAGGAGUGUUCAGACCUCAGACACCUGGCGCAUGCUGUUACCAUGGCAGGAGAUGGCUACAGGGGGAGGAUGUCUCCACACACUCCCAAUGAGAAGUUCGAAGGAGCCACUGUACUCAAAACGCUGCAGUACGGCUACGAGGGCAGAGUGCCGAUGAGGAGCGCUCGGCUGUUCUACGAUAUCAGCGAGCGAGCGAGACGGAUUAUCGAGUCUUACUUCCUGCUCAACUCCACCCUGCACUUCUCCUACACACACCUGGUGUGCCGGACAGCCAUCACAGGCCAGCAAGAUCACAGGAAUGACCUGAGCCAUCCCAUCCACGCUGACAACUGUCUGCUGGACCCCGAGGCCAAUGAGUGCUGGAAAGAACCACCAGCAUACACCUACAGAGACUACAGUGCACUGUUGUAUCUAAACGGAGAUUUUGAAGGAGGGGAGUUCAUAUUCACAGAAAUGGAUGCCAAAACGGUCACGGCAUCAGUGAAGCCUAAGUGUGGCAGGAUGGUGGGUUUCUCCUCAGGAGGGGAGAAUCCACACGGUGUGAAGGCCGUCACCAGUGGGCAGAGGUGUGCUGUCGCUCUGUGGUUCACCCUGGACCCGCUCUUCAGAGAACUGGAGAGGCUGCAGGCGGAUGAGGUGAUCCAGGCGCUGGACACGCAGUCAGUGUGGGGUCAGGGUCUCAACAUCAACCCUAAAGAUGAACUGUAGACGCAGAAAAACAGCUUCACCCCAUCCCCGUCUAUCAAAUCCUGCAAUAUAUUUGAACUAUUUAUUGAAUUGACCUUUGGAUCAGAACAUGUCUAUUUUUGUACUGUUUGAAGUGCAAGAUUAAUAAUAUUGACAUUUUUGUGUUGUCAGUCAUAUGUUUUUUUCAUUUUUUUCUACACACCAGUACUUGAGUUUACCUUUGGUUCUUUGUCUUUCCAUCCAGUGACCACCUCUAGUAGAGAAAAUGUCCAUUUCACUUUGUUUUCUUGUUCCUGGUGAGUCGGCAAAGUCUCACGUUUCGUACCUGUAGCCUCACUGAACUGUGAAGAAGCCAAAGAGAAAAAUGGGGGUCGACUUUUUCUUUUGUGCUUUGAGUUGUUCUUGUUCUGGACGACAUAUUCAGUUUAUUCAAAUACACUAUGUACAAAUAUGAAAAAACACCUUAAUUUCAGUGGUCAGUAGUUAUAAGAUGUUAGAUUCACAGUCUACUGUUACAUAUGCUAUUACUAACAUUGCGUUACUCAAUAAUGUUUUUUUUAAUUCCAGUGCCAGUAAUAAUUAUUUUCCACGUAGCCCACGCACUGUGUUUCUAAUCUGGGUAUCUGAUCUUCAAACAGCGCUCAUACAAAGACUUUCACAGAGUCCUAAUAUGCUGAAUACUUCACGCUCGUGCACUCUGUCCUCCUCUUCCGUCACUACUUCGCUCCACUUUUCCUCUUGCUGUCGGUGUGAUGAAUCACUCCGAUCCUUCCUGGGCGCACGGAGCAGAAUACUGGUUUACAUGUUUGCUGACAUGAGGACAUGGUGUAUGUGUUCAUGGUUUACUUUUAUUUAUGUGUUUUUAAUAACGGACAGCUGUUGUAACUGUCGGCAUUUAAUAUGAGGAACUUUUAUUCAGAAAAGAUGUCAAUCGUUCCUGUUUCAAGGAAUACAUAUUUUUUCGGUCUUUUACGUCUUUAUAUUUGUGUUGAUGAUACAGAUGAUAGGCCGAGUCGUGCACUGUAAAUCCAAUGGAGAGCAACAUACGAAGAGUAGCUUUGUUUUUUGUUUUUGUUCUUUUGAGAUAGAUUCAAACUGCUAACCAGAAACUGCUAACCAGAAUCCUUUAUGAGGUUGGCCACUGAGUUUCACUGAUAUUUAAUUCUGAAAUGCUGUAACACAAAAAUGUCUGUGUACAUGCCUAUAAAUUAAAAAAACAAUGUCCCAUAUCUAUAUUUAGUUGUGAGCUUUUCUUUUAUUAAUUC